AUGCCCCACGUUAUCGUUCUUGGAGGCCUGUUUGCAGGCUGCAACGCUACCAAGAUCCUCCGCAAAGAAGGUAUCGAUGUCACCCUCGUGCUGUCGCUGUCCCACGCGUACUUCAACUGUGCUGCGCCUCGUCUCCUUGUAGAGCCAGAUCUCAUUGACAAGACACUCUUCCCGUUGGAGGAAUACGCCAAAAAGCACGGUGCCAAGUUCGUCCAGGCUGCUGCGGUGGCGGCCCGUCUUGACCAAAACGAAGUGGACGUUCGGGGCGAAACCGAACAGACCCUCAGCUACGACUACUUGGUGGUGGCCACAGGCAGCCGCAGUGGCGAUUUGGGCUUCAAGGUGAAUGGGCUGGCCCAGGAGGCCGUUGGCGCCAUUCGGGAGUGGAGCGAGAAAAUCAAAAGGGCCGAAACAGUGGGCAUUUUAGGGGCUGGUCCCACGGGCGUGGAGUGCGCCGGAGAAAUCGCUCACGAUUACGGCAAAAAGGUUGUAUUGUAUUCCGCCCUGGCGCCGUUAGACAGAUUUAAUCUCCCGGGCGCGCAAGCGAAACUUGCUAAUUUGGGCGUCGAGGUGGUCCAGGUGCGGUACGAGCGCAUUGUGCCGGGACCCGGUGGGCCCACUGUGGAGUUUGAGGAUGGCCUGCUGCGUACCUUUGAUGUGGUGUUGAACACCACGCAUUACACUCCGAGCCUGGAGUUUUUGCCCGACGAGGUCAAGGACGAAAAGGGGUUUGUAGUGACGGACGAGCGCCUAGUUGUAAAAGGAUUCGAGAAUGUUCUCGCUUUGGGCGACAUUGUGGCAGGUGCAGCGCACCUGGUGGUGGAUCUAAAAUUUGGCCAGUUGCCUGUUUUUGCAGCCACCGCGAAAUCAGACAUCGCAGGUCUGGCCACCAAGAGCAAGGCCUACGCACCCACCACCAGCACCAUCUUGGUGCCUAUUUCUCGCACGGGCGGCGAAGGUAGACUUUUCGGCUGGUGGCUUCCAAAUAUCGUUGUUCGCUUCUUGAAAUCCCGUGACUUUAUGAUCAGCCAGGCCCCUGGCGACUUCACCUAG